AUGAAGAGAACUGGUUACAUUGUCAGAGGCGGGACCCUGGUCGUUCCUCUGAACGUUGCCUCUCGAGAGCAAAAGUACCCAUACCUGGGCCCAAAAAUAGCCAAUACUCAACCAACUGUAACUAGUGUGUUUGGUCUCCAGUCGAAGAGGAUCUCAGCGAAGGACGCCCUGGCCCACCCGUACCUGGACGAGGGUCGCCUGCGCUACCACACCUGCAUGUGCAAAUGCUGCUAUACCACCUCCACCGGACGCGUGUACACCAGCGACUUCGAGCCCGUCACUAAUCCCAAGUUUGACGAUGACUUUGAGAAGAAUCUCAGCUCUGUGAGGCAGGUCAAAGAGAUCAUCCAUCAGUUCAUCCUGGAGCAGCAGAAGGGGAGUCGGGUGCCACUCUGCAUUAACCCUCAGUCAGCUGCUUUCAAGAGCUUCAUCAGCUCCACGGUGGCUCAGCCCUCUGAGAUGCCCCCCUCCCCACUGGUGUGGGAGUAGCUGCUGCUGCUGCAUCCUCAUCUUUCCAACACGCUGCUAGGCCGGGAACAGGAACGCCUCUCAACGUCUUCUAUCGUCUGCGUAGCAUUUCACUGGAGAACAGGACUCGCAGGUCUGCUGAAACAUGAAACAAAUGAAGAGAAUCCACUGAUAACUGCUUUAUAGGGGUUAGAGGAGCCCGGUAUGCAAAUUAAUGCUCUGUAGACCAAAUCAGACUGUUUUAAACAAACUCAUCUGGUUACUUCCAGGUAGAUUACAGUUAUUGUACUUUU